UCGAUCCACAUGGGCUGCAGACAGAGUACGGAUAAGAUUGCACAAUCGGAGAAGGAAACGUGCCCAGCCAUGAAGCUCGGAAAGUCCCGGAACAAGGACGACCAUAGGAAGGGAGAUGAGCCUGCCAUUCUGGAGACGGACGACAUGCCGCUGAGAAAGGGCGUGGAUCCAGACACCAUCUCUUUGGCUUCCGUAACGGCAGUCACCACCAAUGUCUCCAAUAAAAGGUCAAAGCCAGAUAUUAAGAUGGAGCCAGUUGCUGGGAGACCAAUGGAUUACCAAAUUAGUGUCACGGUCAUUGAGGCCAAACAGCUGGUGGGUUUGAACAUGGAUCCCGUGGUCUGUGUGGAGAUCGGCGAUGAGAAGAAAUACACAUCCAUGAAGGAAUCGACAAACUGCCCGUACUACAACGAGUACUUUGUCUUCGACUUCCACUUGCCACCUGAUGUAUUAUUUGACAAAAUCGCAAGAAUUUCUGUAAUCCAUUCAAAAAAUCUCUUACGGAGUGGAACAAUGGUUGGGACAUUCAAAAUGGAUGUUGGCACGAUAUAUUCACAGCCUGAACAUCAGUUCUACCACAAGUGGGCCUAUCUUAUCGAUCCUGAUGACAUCACAGCUGGCUGCAAGGGCUACGUCAAAGUGGACAUCGCAGUGGUGGGAAAGGGUGACACCAUUAAAACUGUCCACAAGUCCAAUGAGUCAGAAGAGGAAGACAUAGAAAGCAAUCUGUUGCUGCCAGAAGGAGUCCCAACAGAGAGGCAAUGGGCCAGAUUCUAUGUGAAGAUUUACAGAGCCGAAGGUCUGCCCAAAAUGAACACCAGUAUCAUGGCCAACGUGAAAAAGGCCUUCAUUGGAGAAAAUAAAGACUUGGUAGAUCCUUAUAUUCAAGUGCAGUUUGCAGGGAACAAGGGUAAAACCUCAGUACAAAAGAGUAGCUAUGAACCAAUCUGGAACGAACAAAUCAUUUUCACGGAGCAGUUUCCGCCGCUCUGUAAGAGGAUGAAGCUCCAACUCCGUGAUUCGGACAAAGUGAACGAUGUAGCCAUCGGGACGCAUUUCAUCGACUUGCAGAAGAUCGCCAACGACGGAGAGAAAGGUUUUCUUCCUACGCUGGGACCGGCCUGGGUGAACAUGUAUGGCUCCACGCGGACCUACACCUUGAUGGAUGAGCACCAAGACCUGAAUGACGGCCUUGGGGAAGGAGUCUCCUUCCGGGCCCGGCUCCUGAUGAGCCUGGCGGUGGAGCUCCUGGACACCAGUGCCCCCGACAUAUCGUCCUCCACUGAAGUGCAGAUGGAAGGAGUACCAAACAUCUCAGAGAACGCCACUGGCAAGAUAGAGGAGUUCUUUCUUUUUGGAGCAUUUUUGGAAGCUACUAUGAUUGACCGCAAGAUCGGGGACAAACCCAUUAACUUUGAGGUCACAAUUGGUUACUAUGGCAACGAGGUCGAUGGGGUACAAAAGCCACCAUCGAGGAAGGAUGACGAUGCCCCAGGGGAAGGCUCAAAUCUUAUGGAAAGCUCCGGUGGUGAUGAGAUAGAGGACGAUCCGGAUUUCGUCUCAGUCGCUUGCACUCCGGCCUUAAAACCUGUUAUAACAGACAGAAAUUAUUUCCAUCUGCCCUAUUUUGAGAAUAAGCCCUGUAUUUACAUCAAAAGCUGGUGGCAAGAUCAAAGACGAAGACUUUACAAUGCAAACAUGAUGGACAAGAUUGCAGAUAAACUGGAAGAGGGCCUGAACGACGUCCAGGAAGUUAUCAAGACUGAGAAGGCGUUCCCCGAACGUAGGCUGCGGGGGGUUCUGGAGGAGUUGAGCAUGGGGUGCAACCAGUUUCUGUCACUGGCAAGCCAGGACGAGAACCAAGUGGGGCGAACCAAGCUGGACCGGGAGAGACUCAAGUCCUGCAUGAGAGAAUUGGAAAACAUUGGCCAGCAGGCUAAGACCAUUCGAUCUCAGGUGAAGAAAAACACUGUAAAGGACAAACUGAAGCUGGUGCACAACUUCCUGCAUAAACUUCGCUUCCUGUCAGAUGAGCCACAACACAGCGUUCCUGACAUUUUCAUCUGGAUGAUGAGCAACAACAAACGCAUUGCAUACGUCCGCAUCCCUUCCAAAGACAUCCUCUACUCUCCUGUCGAGGAAGAGCGGGGCAAGGAUUGUGGAAAAGUCAAGACGGCCUUCCUCAGGCUACCUGGAAAGAAGGGGUUUGGAUCAGCUGGCUGGACGGUGCAGGUUAAGAUCGAGGUUUACCUUUGGCUGGGACUCAACAAGCACAGGAGGGACCUCCUGUGCGGCCUCCCCAAUGGGUUUGAGGAGAACAAGGCUGUGAAGGCAUCCAGCAGUUCCAGCCCACCCAUCAGUCUAAACUAUACCAUAAGCCAGGUAUUCCAGUUGAGGGCCCAUAUGUACCAGGCCCGUAGCCUGUUUGCGGCCGACAGCACUGGCCUUUCUGACCCCUACGCUAGAGUCUUUUUCUCCACGCAGAGUCAGGUCACUGAGGUUCUGAAUGAAACUCUGUGCCCCACAUGGGAUCAGCUUCUGCUGUUUGACAACCUGGAGUUGUACGGAGAAGCCAGUGAGCUACGUGACGAUCCCCCGAUUAUCGUCAUUGAACUUUAUGACCAAGACGCAAUGGGCAAAGCCGAUUUCAUGGGAAGGACAUUCGCUAAGCCUCUCACCAAAAUGGCGGACGAGCCGUACGGGCCACCGCGUUUCCCUCCACAGCUGGAAUACUACCAGGUCUACCGCGGCAACUUGCCGGCCGGCGAAAUGCUUGCAGCCUUUGAGCUGCUUCAGGUACCACCUACUGGAAAGAGUGACCUGCCUCCCAUCGAGGGCCCAGCUGACUUUGACCACGGGCCCAUAAUGCCAGUCCCGAUUGGCAUCAGACCAGUCCUUAGCAAGUACAGAAUUGAGGUCCUCUUCUGGGGCCUGAGGGACCUUAAGCGGAUCAACUUGGCCCAAGUUGACAGGCCUCGUGUAGAUGUAGAGUGUGCUGGGAAGGGGGUCCAAUCUUCUCCCAUCCAGAACUACAAGAAGAACCCUAAUUUCACCACCCUGGUCAAAUGGUUCGAAGUUGAUCUCCCGGAAAACGAGCUCCUCCAUCCUCCCAUCAACAUCCGAGUGGUGGACUGCAGAGCGUUUGGGCGCUUCACCCUGGUAGGGUCGCACGCUGUCACCACGCUACGCAAGUACAUCUACAGGCCCACAGACAAGAGCGACAACAGCUGGUCCCCCACAGAGGAAAUCGUAGUCAACAUGCAGGAGACGUCUGUCAGAAAGAUGGACACAGUGGUCAAGCUGGACUCUACCUCUGAUUCUGUGGUGAAAAUUGACGUGAAUGAAGAUGGGAAAAAGAAGAAGAAAAAGAAGGGGGAGGAAAUAGAAGAGGAGGAGGAAGAGGUGGACGAGACCAUGCUGGACUGGUGGUCAAAGUAUUUUGCUUCCCUCGAAACUUUGAAGGAGAUUCUCAAGGCUCAGGAAGCUACUAUGGGAGACGGGGAGGAGAAGGAAGAUGCGGAUAAUGCCGACAGUGCAGACAUCCGUCCGGAUGAUGGGAAGGGCGGCAAAGGGAAGGACAAGGGCAAAGGGAAAAGCUCCAAGGACAAGAAGAAGUUACAGCCUAUCGAGAUGCCGGAGAGGAAGAAGCAGAAAAUCGACGAACUUAAGGUGUACGACAGCGAGCUGGAGAACGCGUUUGACAACUUUGAAGACUGGCUUCAUACUUUCAAUUUGUAUCGGGGGAAAUGUGGAGAUGAUGAGGACCCGAACAUGUCAGAUGAAGAGAGGCUGAUCGGCAGAUUCAAAGGCUCUCUGUACAUGUACAAAGCAUCCUUUGCAGACGACAUGUCCAAGGAGCCGGGCUAUGAUCCCAACAUGGGCAUGUUUCAGGGCAUCCCACACAAUGAUAGCAUCAAUAUCCUCGUUCGCAUCUACGUGGUCAGGGCUAAUGACCUACACCCCGCCGACAUUAAUGGGAAGGCAGAUCCAUAUAUUGCAAUCAAAAUUGGAAAGACUGAAAUCAGGGACAAAGACAAUUACCUCUCCAAGCAGCUUAAUCCUGUUUUUGGACGAUCCUUCGAUGUUGAGGUCACGUUCCCCUUGGAGACAUUGCUAACAGUAGCGAUUUAUGACUGGGAUUUAGUAGGUAGAGACGACCUCAUCGGCGAGACCAAAAUCGACCUGGAGAGCCGUUUCUACAGUAAACACAAAGCCACCUGUGGUAUUGCGACACACUAUUCCAUUCAUGGAUAUAAUAUAUGGAGGGACCCCAUGAAGCCAACCCACAUUCUGGCUAAGCUGUGCAAAGACAACAAGUUGGAUCCGCCCGUCUAUGGCCCUGCGGGGCGCGUGAAGGUGGCUAACCGGGUCUUCCUGGGACCCACUGAGGUCGAGGAUGAAAAUGGUUUGAAGAAGCAGACCGAUGAUCAUGUUGCCCUGCUGGCGUUAAAACACUGGGAAGACAUCCCUCGGGUGGGCUGCAAGCUGGUCCCAGAGCACAUAGAGACCAGGCCUCUCCUAAACCCCAGCAAGCCUGGCAUUGAGCAGGGACGGAUUGAGUUGUGGGUGGACAUGUUCCCCAAGGACAUGGCUGCACCAGGUCCUCCUCUUGACAUCUCACCCAGGAAACCAAAGCCGUAUGAGUUGAGAGUGAUCGUCUGGAAUACUGAUGAAGUAGUACUGGAGGAUGAUGAUAUUUUCACUGGAGAGAAAUCUAGUGACAUCUUUGUGCGGGGGUGGUUGAAGGGACAACAAGAAGACAAGCAGGACACGGACGUCCACUACCACUCACUGACAGGGGAGGGCAACUUCAACUGGCGAUAUAUCUACCCCUUCGAUUACCUGAUGGCAGAAGAGAAGAUUGUCCUCUCCAAGAAGGAAUCCAUGUUCUCCUGGGAUGAGACAGAGUAUAAGAUUCCGGCCAGACUCAACAUUCAAGUGUGGGACUCGGACCAUUUCUCAGCUGAUGACUGGCUGGGUGCAAUUGAGCUUGAUCUGAACAGGUUCCCUCGUGGAGCCAAGACUGCAAAGCAGUGCUCAAUUGAUCAAGUAUUAAGUGAGCAGGAGACGCCCAUGGUCAACAUUUUCAAACAAAAGAGGAUCAAGGGCUGGUGGCCUUUCCUUGCCCGAGAAGAAGAUGGUGAGAUCACAAUCACGGGCAAAGUGGAGCUAGAGCUGCACCUGGUGACAGGUGAAGAAGCAGAAAAGAGUCCAGUUGGCGAAGGGCGAAAUGAGCCGGAACCUCUGGAAAAGCCCAACCGACCCGAUACUACGUUCCUGUGGUUCAUCAGCCCCCUCAAAGCCAUCCGUUACCUCAUCUGCACCCGCUACAAGUGGCUGAUCAUUAAGCUACUCCUGGCCCUGCUGGUACUGCUCAUGCUGGGCCUCUUCCUGUACAGCAUGCCAGGCUACAUGGUAAAGAAGAUGCUGGGGGCAUGAAUUUGGGAGCUGGUUGUGUACCCCCCCCCCCCAUCCCAAUCCCAUCCCCCCAUUUUGCAGUGCAGGACUUUCUCCAGUUAGGUACACUCACUCCAGCUCACAUUUUGCUACACUCUGUAUAGCGGUUGAGUACUUCAACAUUCUUAUAUUUAAUAUAUUGGUUGGCGUGUUCCCAUUACAUAAAGGCUUAAUUUUUCAUUUGUGUUACUUCCAAUUUUAUUUAUAUAGCACAUAUUGCAGUAAAAUUCCGGUCAGAACUCUGACGUAAGUACUUGACGUGUUAUAAAACGGAACGGGGGAUAUGUUUUGAUGUGUUUCCCGUGGAGUGUUUGCUACAUCAAGGCUACUUUUGCACUACUAGGAAUGCAAAGAAAGGUUAUGCCAUUAAAUAGGCUUCUUUGGCAUUUAUGGACACAGGAAUAAUGAAAAUAAUCUAUUGUGGCCUACGAGAGGGAGUCGAAUACCCACUUUGAGUUUUAACCUCAUGUUUUGCCUUGAUUUUUAUUGUGGUGUCUUUAAAGAAGUAUUCAAAAGAACAUGCUCUUCAAAGAUUUCUUAAAACUGCGCUCCAUCUCAAAGGCACAUAACUGUUAUAAAGGUCGAGACUGCUAUAAGUACCUGGGAGUGUAUGACUCAAAGAGGUGUGUGAGUAAAUCAGCUCUCAGCACAAUGGCAUGGUAACUGCCUAUUAAAUGACAGUUUUUGUCUAUAUAAAUUUGGGGUUGCGCUUAUAUAAGGUAGAUUGAGGUAUAUUUUUUUUCUCAAGAGUAAACAACUGUUUUCUUUCAAUAGUUGUGACACACACAAAACACUACAUGCUUCAUUUGGUCUUUAAUAAUCAUAAUUAUCCCAUUGUUAAAUUAAUAAUCCCUCCCUUUCGAAGAUCAAUUUCCCCUUGAACGCUACAUUCUGUGCAUGGGAGGUUGUUUCCUGAAAGACUCCGCCAUCCAGGAUCUCUACGCGCAUAGCUCUGCACACAGAAGAGCCUAGAGUAAAAUUCGGAAAACCUUCAAUACCUUCAUCUGCUGUAUGUCCCGCAUAGUUUGCUCUUUGCUUGAUUUGUUGUAUGUAUGAUUUGUAUUUAUUUGACAAUCUAUGUUUACUUAAAGACUAGUUUGCGAUGAUUUGGGUUGUUUAUAUGGGUGUAUUUAUUUCACUAAUUUGGUAGAGUGCAGUAUCUUUGAGUGUACUAAAUGAAGAAAUAAACACAAUGAGUUCA